GCCGUCUAAGCCAAUGAUAUGUCACUAAAUAUAUCAUGAGGAAGAACUAAGGUGCAUUUCUUUUUAACUACGUAUGAAAUCUACAUUCAUAUUCAUACAAGCAGAAUGGCGAGCUCAGUCACCAAGGAUAUCUCCUAUGAGGAUCUAAAAGCACUUCUGGGAGAGAGUCAGAAUCUCCUUCUGGUUGAUGUUCGAACUAAAAAGGAAGUGGACAUAGGACGUAUUCAAGGUUCUGUUCACAUCCCAGUUGAUACAGUAGAGGCUGCUCUUGCAAUGGCGCCAGCAGAAUUCGAGGCAAAGUACGGCGUAACCAAGCCACCAUCAAACGCGCCAGACCUGGUGUUUCACUGCCAGAUGGGCAAGCGAGGAGAAAUUGCCACAGGCAAAGCCUACGAACUCGGAUACGUGAAUGCACGUAAUUAUUCCGGAGGAUACAAGGAGUGGUCUGAGAAAGAGGGAAAGUGAUUUGGGUUGGGUUGAUUGGGCUUCAUAUACAUUUAUACAAAAAUCAAUUGUGAAAUAAAACUAAAUCUUUUUAUACUGUUUUCUUUUCAUAGUCUACAUCCUUUGUAUUAAAAAUGGACGAAUAAAGUAAAAUCAAUUAUGUUAUCUACUA